AUGUCAACAGUGAAACAUAGUGCAGUUAAUCUUCGAUCAGAAUUCGAUCGUUUGGAUUCUGAUAAAGAUGGAUAUAUUACCAUAGCAGAAUUUCGUGCGUACCAUGUACAAAAGAAGACUGAUGAAUCGAUUAUUGCAAAAGCAUUUGCUGAUAUUGACACGGACAAAGACGGUCUUGUCACAUUUGAAGAAUUUGAACGAGCUUACAAGAAGUAG